AUCUGCUCCCCCACUGCCCAGCUCAGGCACUGCAGAAGCACACAGUAUGCUCCUCUGCAACACGAGGGAUGCAACAGAACCAUCAAGUGCCUUGUUUCCAUCACAAGGGCAGGAAUUAAGACGCAUAGUUUAGCACACGCUACCUAUUCCAUGGCCUCAUCCUGAGCUGUGCUGGGCCCCUGUGACAGACACUGUCGUCCAGAAGCAUCAGGGAUUCUUCCCACUUCUGGUCAGGCCACCUUUGCUGUUCUUACGACUUGUCAUAAAAAUCUCCAGCUGUACUCCCUAGUGUGAAGGACCAACACAUUCAACUGCUGUCCAUAUUGUCUCAGUUUUGCAUGUUAUCUGCCAUUGCUUUAGCUUCUUGCAGCUCCUAGCACAUCACUUUCCAAUUCCUGCACAUGCACAGUGUCAGGGUAAGGAGUGUGGAAACUACUUUAUGCAGAGCUGGUCACAGAACAGCAACCAGGAGAUCCAAGCAGCUUCCUUGUUUGAGCAAGAACCUCACACCACAACCAAAGCCACCGUGGAGCAUGGAAUCCCCCAGUCCCUACGUUUUGUAGGAACAACCUUCAGACUCCUUCUCUUGUGAGCACUGUAAAUGUUUACCAGUGCUGAUUUAGAUGCAGAUAUGCUGAUGUGACACAAUUUCUCCAGUUCCAGUGCUCUAGUGGAGCCAAUAACCCCAUGUUUUGGCCUUUUUAACCUGAGACAAAACAAGCUCUUGCCUUCUGUCACCUUACAAUUAACUCCCACCAGCAUCAGAGUAAAGCGAUAGCUUCACAAAACUUGGACUGCCCCAAAAAAGUCCUACAAAGCCUUUUGGCUUCUCUAUGCAGAAUGUAUUCUGAAUUUUUAGAAACACUGGUUUCUUUGGAGCAACCUGUUUCUGUGAAAAUUCUGUUUAUAUCCAACAUUGUUAAUAUGCCCCAACAUAUUGCAAGGUGGUUCUCUAACGCUGCCUGUUUGUCCAUCCUGCACCCCCAUCCUGCCUUUCCUCUUAAAGAGACAGUACAUCCCUGCCAGUGACACGAGAAGCCACUAACUGUGUUAGGACUGUACAUUCUAUGAGUCUGGGAUGGAGCCAGCAAUGCUGCUGGAGUCCGUGGUCUGCCGUGCAAUCAUCUCCUGCAGCUCACUGCUUGCCACGUGGAGGCAGCAUGCAGUGCGAGCCAUCAGCUUUUGAUUUGAAAGUGCUUCCACAGUCAGAGGUUGAAAAUAACUAGGGUGUUUUUCACAUCAUUAGAGAUGCCAGAAGCUGUCCAAGCACAGUCGAUUGCUGUAACCAGCCCCAGGUGUGAGAGGCCUGCUGUAAAAGCUUGUGGCCAGGCAGCACAGGUGGAACAUGCUGAUUUUUGACAUCUGUGGUAAAACAAAGAUCCAAGAGGCUCAGGUGAGGUUCUUGCCAUAAAUAGCUGUAUGUCAGCAGCGGAGCUCUGGUCUGUGGUGUAUCCCUGGGAUUAGAGACCUGGGGACAAUUUGAUGGAUGUUGGCUCUCAACGGGUCAGUUUCUGCUAACCUGUGUCAAAGGAGCAGGGAGUUCUGUCAGCACUGCUGACUCAGGUGAGUGCUGUGGGAAUGUAUGAUGGACUUGCUGACCUUGUGCAGAAUUGGCACUCUUUAGAAGUACAAGCACAGAAGGUGUGAGCUGGGGCCAGUCUGAGAACAGCUAUGAUCGGGGAAGGUGGAGGGGAUGGGAUGCAUCAGCUGAAUAGACAAGAAAAGGCUGAUGCUUAGUUUGUGAAGCUGCAUGAACCCAGCGGUGGGGCAGGGCUAUGACAAAUAUAUUGAGGGAGAGUACCGUCUGUGGGCUAUCUAAAGGGGUCUAGGCUCUCAGAGGAGGGUUGUGUGGAGGCUGUCUUGGGGACAGCAUGCUUUCCUGUGGGCUGAGUGUAUACAGUGUAGUGAGGCAUCUGGGGAGGUGCUCUGGGCAUGUUUUGCAUGGUGCAGAUAAGGGUGGUGGGUUUGAGCCUGAGCAGAGUUGUAGGUUUCUGUUCCAGCUGGUCAGGGUGAGUUCACAGGCAUAGUCAUUCCUGUUUCUGUUUAUCAGCAUGUGUCUGGUGAUUUCCUAAGAGAAGAUACAAGCCUCUGUGUGAGCAAGACGUACAUAGCCAGAGCUCUGUGAAGGACGUUCAGUCAGAACCAACAUGAGGAACAAACUGUGGCUCCAGAUUAUUUCCUUCUUCCUUCUGUUUCAGUACACUACAUGUUGUGAAAACAUCACCUGUUUUGUGGACUAUGUACAGACCCUGUCCUGUAUCCUGAGAAAUGACUUGGGUGCCAGUUCAUAUAACCUCACUGCAACAUGGGUUCUUGAGGAUGAUACAGAAAAUACUGUGGCUGCCUGCAGUCUCCUUCAGUUGUCCAGGAACACCAGUCACACACAGUACAUGUGCACUGUGGACAUGAGUGGACUCCUAGCAGAUGUCAAAGUCCAGGUGAAUGUUACAGAGACGGCUGAUAGGCAGCACGUGAUUUCCAAAGGCUUUUAUAUGGCAGAGAACAUCAAACCACAGCCUCCAUUCAAUCUGACCGCUCUGUUCUCAGAGGGUUACAAUAUUUCUUGGGAAACCAUCUACCAGAACUCUCCUUUCUACUUUUUAAAUGAGGAACUGGAAUAUCAGCUGCGUUAUAAGAGAAGGACUGACACCUGGGAGACUCAGAAGACUAAAGCUGUCCAUGAAGAUAAACGGACGCUGAUGAUCCUGCCAUGGGAACUCCAGGCAAACACUGAGUAUCAGUUCCAAGUGAGAGCCAGACCCCGAGAAGACACUAGCUACCAUGGAUUUUGGAGUGAAUGGAGUCCUCUGCUGACAUUGAAAACCAGCCCUGCCGCAGUGACACAGACAGUAGGCAUGGGAUGGCUGCUGCUGUUCGGUGUUAUCGUGGCAAUCACUGCCUCAAUCACAACCUUUCUGGCCAAACAGCGGAGUUUAUUGAAGAACUUGGCUUGCAUCCCAGACCCUGCUCCCUUUUUCAAACCUCUUUACCUGGUGCAUAAUGGAGAUUUCAAGAAGUGGGUUGGUGUAUCUCAUACAAAAAUGACCCUCGAUUUCUUUGAAUGGGGAGUAGUCCUUCCAGAAGUCCUAGAAGUUUACACCAUGCAUCCUUCCAACAACACCUCACGGGAGGAGCUGUGUGAGCUGAGAAAAGAUCUGCCUUGCAAGCCCUGUGUGUCUUGCCUGACUGCUCCAGGUCAGGAUAGCCAGUCCCUACUGUCUAGUGUGAACAGUAGCAGUGGGACUCAGGACCAGUCUUACGGGCAUUUGUCCAUUGAUACUGUGACUGUGGCCGAUGAAUUUACACCUUGUAACUGCCAGUGCAACUGUAAUCGUAUGUACAGGGGACAUGAGCAUACCAGUGAGGAAGAUGAUAGUGCUGGAGAAACUGGUUACCCCAAGGUUAACAUUGAUGAUGAAGAUAGAAAGAUAUCCAGUGACUUGCACCUGGCUGUCCUGAGCACACAGGACAAAAUACUUGCUUCAGGCUCUGUGUCCACAGACCACCCGAGGAAUACAAGCGUCCCAGCCCACCAGCAAGUAGAAAGGGCUUUGGAAGGAGGGAUGGGGAGCAUCCUAGAAGCCCUUUCCUUGCAGCCUAACGAGUGGGAUUUGGAAAAUCCAGGUUCUCUACCUUCUCCUGAUGGUGAAAGUGUUUCCUGCAGUGAAGGCUCCUAUGACUUCUUCCCUCACAUUGCAAGGCCUGGUGAUAGUUACCCUAUGAUCUGUGUAGAUUUGGACACUGUUGACAGUGGUUUUGUGGACUCUGACUGUGGGAGUCCAGUUGACUCUGAAUUUCAGCAAAGCGGUCAGGCCAGCUGUGGGCCCAUCCCUCUUGAGCGAGAGGGGGAGGACUUUCCACGGAGCUACGUCAAGCAGUGGGUCUCCUGUCGCUCUGACAGCCCUGUCAACGGGGGACAGACAAACUAAGGACUUGUUGUUGCCUUGCAGAGUGCAAGGCCUUUUGCAUACUAUUCCAGGAGCAAUGUGUGAGCAAAAUUCAGGAGAGAAACAAAGUUUGCUUUGUGUAAACUCUGUUGCAUACAGUGGAAAACUGUUAGGUCCAUAGAAAUAUAUGCUUAUUUCUAUUGCCACUUAUCCUAUUAAUGUUUCAAACUUGAUGUGAUUGAUUUUUUUUUCCUUUUUUUUUAAGAAUCCUAUGUCAAACUCUCUUAUAAUAGCAGAAAAAUCAAUUGUACCUUGAAAAUUACCCUUUAGCUUAUGUAGAUGUGCAAAUUUUUUUGACAGUAACAUACAAAGUACAAAACUUUAAAUUAUUUUCCCUGGUAGUCUCACAUGACUUGAGAGUUUGGAUGUACAUGGAAUCUUAGAAGCAUAACCCCAAGCAAGCAUGUUUGUUACAUUAAAGUUCCCCUACCCUUUCCAAACAACAUAGGUGGUGUUACUUCUCUACUAAUAUCUUUGGUUCUUUAAAACCAGCUGUAAUAGUUUGUUAAUUAUGGAGGGUCUCAUCCCUGUCCAUGGAGUAUGAUCAGAAGCAAUUCUCCUGUAAUCAUCACAGAACUGUGUGUCCAGGAGACCAAACACAACUCAGGUUUCAGAAAGACUUUGCCUUUUCAGGUGGAGUCUGCAAAUGAGAAGUCUUCAAAACACAUAUAAUUCCAGACAAACUCUUGCUACCAGGGCAUUCUACUGAAUCAGCAUCUCUCCCAGCAUUUUCCAAGCACAUUAACUGAAACACUGAGCAGCCUUUAGAACUAUGCAGAAAUUUCAGAAAUAUUGUUCUACCUGGAUGUGCUUGUGACUCCAUCUUCUGCCUUGGACCUGGUCUGCUGCAGUUAACAGGUCAGUAGCACAAAGUUUGAGCAUUUUCUGCUAGCUAAUAAAGCCAACCAAACUUCUA